GUGACGCGGCCGCCAACAAAGUUACUCCGAGUUCCAAUGUCGGCAACACUGUAGCCGGGGCGGCCGGUGCCCCGCAACUCGCCUUUCCCCCGGACAUUGCUACACACCUCGCUCCCUCCUUUCCACCCCCCCCCCCCAACCCAGCUGGCUUCUAUGAGGAUUGUUACUCGGAGGGAGCUGCUGAGAGAUGGGGGCCGGCUGGCUUUGGAGGCACUUUUGGGGCGUGCUGGGGUUUGCUGCUGUCUGUGCAGCAUUCCAUUGCCGUGACUCCUCUCAGCCUUGUGUGAAUGGGGGAACUUGUGUAACGCAUCAAAAUGGUACCGGAGGUUGUAUGUGUCGAUCUGGAUUUGUAGGUGAAUACUGCCAGCACCCAGAUCCCUGUCAGAUUUCAACCUGCCUUAAUGGAGGGACAUGUAGAGUCUCCAUCGCUGAAAACAAAGUACAAGGGUCAUGCAGUUGUGCUUUGGGGUUUACUGGUGAUCGAUGUGAGACAAUAGCCACCAGGGUCUGUCUGAACAAUCCCUGCCAAAAUCGAGGAACCUGCCGCCUCAUCACCCUUGAAAAAUAUGAAUGCAAGUGCCAACAAGGAUGGAUAGGUAAAAACUGCCAACACGUGGAUUUCUGUGCCUCGCAGCCAUGCGCAAAUGGGGGCAAGUGCAGCAGUUCAAGAAACAACUACACCUGCACCUGUGCUUCGGGCUACACAGGAUCUCGUUGCCAGACUGACAUCGACGAAUGCAAGGCUGGGGGUCUGUGCAUGAAUGGAGGGAUUUGCCAGAACGAGCCAGGCUCCUAUCGCUGCUUGUGCAAGCCGGGCUUCACUGGAGCCAAGUGUGAGAGUGUUUAUGUCCCCUGCUCGCCAUCGCCAUGCGUUAAUGGAGGCACCUGCCGGCCAACCAAUGAUGACCUGACCUACGAAUGCAACUGCCUACCAGGAUUCAGUGGAAAAGACUGUGAGAUAAACAUUGAUGACUGCCCUGACCAUAAAUGCGAGAAUGGAGGUACCUGUGUGGAUGGAGUGAACACAUACAACUGCCGAUGCACACCUGAGUGGACAGGUCAGUUUUGUACGGAAGAUGUUGAUGAGUGCCAAUUGCAGCCAAAUGCAUGUCAGAAUGGAGGGACCUGCUCCAAUGCCAGUGGAGGGUAUCGGUGCGUCUGUGUCAAUGGCUGGAGCGGUGACGACUGUAGUGAGAAUAUCGAUGACUGUGCUGGUGCAACCUGCAUGAAUGGAGCCACCUGCCAUGACCGAGUUGCAUCCUUUGUAUGUGAAUGCCCUUUUGGCAAAGCUGGUAUCUUCUGUCAGGUGGAUGACGCAUGUGUUAGUAACCCUUGUCACGAAGGAGCCACAUGUGAAACCAACCCUCUCAAAAGCAGCUUCUUUUGUAGUUGUCCUCUCGGGUACAGAGGCACCGUCUGUGACGAGGAUAUCAAUGAGUGUUCCCUGGGGGGAAAUCCUUGUGAACAUGGAGGGAAGUGUGUAAACACCAAGGGGUCCUUCCGCUGCGAGUGUGCUGUGGGUUACACAGGACCACGCUGUGAAAUGGACAUCAACGAGUGCCUUGCCAUGCCCUGCCAGAAUGAUGCUACCUGCUUGGACCAGAUCGGUGAAUUCAAGUGCAUUUGUAUGCCAGGCUUCGUGGGGGUAUACUGCGAGACAAAUAUCGAUGAGUGUGAAAGCCAGCCAUGCCUCAACAACGGUGUGUGCAAGGACGAGGUGAACAGAUUUGCUUGCAAGUGCCCACCUGGUUUUGCUGGGAACAUGUGCCAGAUCGAUAUUGAUGAAUGUGCCAGCACACCAUGCCAGCAUGGAGCCAAAUGCAUUGAUCGCCCAAAUGCGUUCGAGUGUGAGUGCAGUGAAGGCUUUACAGGGACUAAGUGUGAGACCAACGAAAACGAUUGCAAUCCGGACCCCUGCCACUAUGGGACGUGUGAGGAUGGGAUUGCUGGGUACACCUGCAUCUGCACACCUGGCUACAAGGGGCCGAUCUGCAGCGAGCAGAUCGACGAGUGCCAGAGUCAGCCCUGCCAGAACGGAGGCACUUGCCAAGACCGCGUGAACGACUACAAGUGCCGAUGCCCCGUUGGGACCUCAGGUGUUAAUUGUGAGAUUAACUAUGAUGACUGUGCCAGUAACCCGUGUGACUAUGGAAGCUGUCAAGAUGGUAUCAAUCGGUACGAUUGUGUCUGCAGUCCCGGAUAUACAGGACCCAUGUGCAACGUUGACAUAGAUGAGUGUGCCUCCAACCCAUGUCAAAAUGGUGGUACAUGCGUCGAUAAGAUCAACCACUUUGUUUGUCGCUGCCCUGAAGGAUAUCAUGAUCCCCAUUGUAAAUCGGAAGUGGAUGAGUGCAAGAGUGGUCCUUGUAUUCAUGGAACAUGUGUAGAUGAUGUCAACAGUUACCGGUGUGAAUGUCAUGCUGGCUGGGCAGGAGUCAACUGUGAUGUGGACAAGGAUGAGUGCGAGUCAAAUCCCUGUCAGCAGGGAGGAACCUGCGAGAACCUAGUCAAUGGCUACAAGUGCACAUGUGUGAAAGGAUUCAAAGGCUCCGACUGCCAAAUCAACAUAGAUGAAUGUGCAUCGAACCCCUGCUUGAACAAAGGAGUCUGCGUGGAUAAAGUGAAUGGAUACCACUGUGUGUGUUCUCUCCCGUAUACUGGCAAGGAUUGUGAGUUUAUUCUGGCUCCAUGCUCCUCCCGGCCGUGUGAAAAUGGUGGUGUGUGCAGCGAAACAGAAGACUAUGAGAAUUUUGUGUGCACUUGCACAGUGGGUUGGCAAGGUCAGAGAUGUUCAGUGGAUAUUGAUGAGUGUGUUGCUGAUCCUUGUAAAAAUGGUGCUGCUUGUCAAAAUACUCCUGGGAGCUACAAGUGUCGGUGCCUCCCCGGGUAUACCGGAGUGAACUGCGAAACAAAUGUCAAUGACUGUAGCCCCAAUCCGUGCCAGAAUGGAGGCUCCUGUAUCGAUGGUGUCAACACAUUCUCAUGCAACUGCUUAUUGGGGUUCACUGGCAAUAAAUGCCAGCAAGAGAUAAAUGAGUGCUUCAGCAACCCUUGUCAGAAUGGCGGGAACUGCUCCGACUACGUCAACAGUUACGUCUGCAAGUGCCCGCAAGGUUUCAAUGGGAUUCACUGUGAAAACAACAUGCCUGACUGCACAGAGAGCUCUUGCUUCAACGAUGGGACCUGUAUUGAUGGUAUCAACUCAUACACUUGUCAUUGCCAGCCUGGCUUCACUGGCUCCAACUGCCAGUACGACAUCAAUGAAUGUGACUCUGAACCAUGUCAGAAUGGUGGCACCUGCAUCGAUGGGCUGGGCAGUUAUCGCUGCACCUGUCCCUCUGGCUACUCAGGCAAGAACUGCCAGACCCUGGUGAACCUGUGCAAUGGCUCGCCCUGCAAGAACAGAGGCAAGUGCAUGCAGCGAGGUGCCACGUACCACUGCAAUUGCCAGAGUGGUUGGACCGGCCUGUACUGCGACGUACCAGAUGUGUCGUGCGAGGUGGCAGCUUUUCGCAGAGGCUUGACUGUUGAGCAGCUUUGUCAACAUUCGGGGAUUUGCAUCAACACUGGCAACAGUCAUCAAUGUCAGUGCAUGGCUGGAUAUACUGGCAGCUACUGCCAACAGGAUGUGGAUGACUGCGCAUCGAACCCUUGCCGCAACGGUGCCACCUGUAAGGAUUACCUGGGCAGCUAUGCGUGUGAGUGUGUUCCAGGGUACAGGGGACUCACUUGUGAGUCUGAGGUGAAUGAAUGCAGUAUCUCGCGCUGUCAGAAUGGAGGGACUUGCAUCGACCUGGUGAAUGAUUAUAAAUGUUCCUGUCCACCAGGAACUGCAGGUAUUCUGUGCGAAAUAAACAAUGAUGAUUGUGAGCCUGAUUUUAAUCCCCACACUGGGGAGUACAAGUGUCUAAAUGGUGGCCAGUGUGUCGACAAAAUUGGUGGCUAUAGCUGUAUCUGUCCCCCUGGUUUUAUUGGAGAACGCUGUGAAGGGGAUGUCAAUGAAUGCCUGUCCAACCCAUGCGAUCACAAGGGUAUGCUUGACUGUGUCCAGUUAAACAACGAUUACCGAUGUAGGUGUCGGCCUGGUUUUACUGGCCGCCACUGUGAGACUGUCAUUGAUCUGUGCCUUUCUCAGCCGUGCCAGAAUGGAGGGACAUGCAUGUUUGCUGUCAACACCCCUCUGGGAUACACCUGCCAGUGCAGACCUGGCGUAAUGGGCGCAAGUUGCGAGUACACCAACUACACCUGCGGGCAGGUAUUGUGCCGGAACGGUGGGACGUGCUCCAUGACCCCCCAGGGCCCUAAGUGCACAUGUCCGAAGGGAUUCGGAGGCUCCGAGUGCCAGCUGCCAAGUUGUUCCACCCAGCCUUGCCACAAUGGUGGGAGCUGCCUGCCCAAACCCACACCGCCAUUCUUCAGCUGCCGCUGCCCCGCCCCCUACAGUGGCCAGACCUGCACCCAGAUCCAGAGCUGCCUCUUGCCGCAGUGCAAGGAGAAGGCCCGGGACCGGAUGUGUGACCAGGAGUGCAACAACCACGAGUGCGAGUGGGAUGGCGGCGACUGCUCGCUCAACCUGAACCCCUGGGAGAACUGCACGGAGAGCCUGCAGUGCUGGAAGUACUUCAACAACAACCAGUGCGACGAGGCCUGCAACACAGCCGAAUGCCUGUUCGACAACUUCGCCUGUCGCAACAGCCAGAAGUCCUGCAACCCAUUGUAUGAGAAGUACUGUGCCGAUCAUUACCACGAUGGUCUCUGUGACCAGGGCUGUAAUACCGAGGAGUGUGGCUGGGAUGGUCUGGAUUGUGUGGACAGUGACACUGAGCAGUUGGCUGAGGGGGUGCUGGUGCUGAUUGUGCUCCUGCCCCCGGAGGAACUACGUAAGGAUUCUGUCAACUUCCUUCGGAAGCUGGGGGCCCUCCUGCAUACUACCCUGAGAUUCAAGAAGGACUCCACUGGGGCACUAAUGAUCUUGCCUUACUACGGCCACGGGUCUAGAAUGAAGCGCUUCGUUAGGAUAGUGAGAGAGCUCGGACAAGAAGUUAUUGGUUCUGAGGUCCACUUGGAAAUUGACAAUAGGCAGUGCUUGCAAACAUCUGAGGAUUGUUUUCCAUCGACAGACACCGCUGCUGCUUUCAUCGCUGCCCAGUCCAGCAAGGGCACUCUGCCGUACCCAAUCGAGUCUGUUAAAAGUAAUCGCAAUAAACUGCCUGACCAGGGACAGCUCAGUCUCCUGUACCUGUUGAUGGUCGCAAUAGGGAUCAUCAUCCUCAUUCUCAUCCUGGGUGUCGUAGCAGCUAAGCGCAAGCGCAAACUGGGCCCACUCUGGUUCCCGGAAGGCUUUACACUCAAGAAGGUUGGCAAUCGGAAGCGCAGAGAACCCGUGGGGCAGGAUGCAGUGGGCAUGAAGAAUCUCUCAAGGCAAGUGCCUGAUGUCAGCGUGUGCGAUGACAACCAGAAUGAGCAGUGGAUGGACGAAGGAGGGCCAGAGGCAAAGAAACCCAAGACUGAAGAUCAGGCCCUGCUCUCAGAGAAUAAAGACCAGGUUGACCAUCGGCCAUGGACACAACAGCACCUGGUGGCAGCUGACAUUCGGUUAACACCAUCCCUAGCCCUGACACCACCCCAAGGAGAACAGGAUGCCAACUGCAUGGAUGUUAAUGUGAGAGGUCCAGAUGGUUUUACGCCUCUUAUGUUGGCAUCGCUCCGUGGUGGUGGGCUGGACACAGGAAUCGAACUGGAAGAGGAUGCUGAGGACUCAUCGACCAAUGCCAUCACUGACCUCAUCUAUCAGGGCGCCAGCCUCCAUUCCCAGACUGACCGGACUGGAGAGACAUCACUCCAUCUGGCAGCACGCUAUGCUCGAGCAGACGCAGCCAAGUGCCUCCUCGAUGCAGGCGCGGAUGCCAAUGCCCAGGACAACAUGGGUCGGUCGCCGCUCCAUGCAGCUGUGGCAGCCGAUGCUCAAGGGGUGUUUCAGAUUCUCAUUCGGAACAGAGCCACGGACCUGGAUUGCCGAAUGAAUGAUGGUACCACUCCUCUGAUCCUGGCUGCACGCCUUGCGGUUGAGGGCAUGGUGGUUGAGCUGAUUAAUUGCCACGCUGAUGUAAAUGCUGUGGAUGACCAUGGUAAAUCAGCACUUCACUGGGCAGCAGCUGUUAACAAUGUGGAUGCUACCCGGGCCCUGCUAAAGAACGGAGCCAACAAGGACAUGCAGGACAACAAGGAGGAGACGCCCUUGUUCCUUGCUGCACGGGAAGGUAGCUUCGAGGCCACCAAGAUUCUACUGGACCACUUUUCCAACCGUGACAUCACGGACCACAUGGACAGAUUGCCCCGGGACAUCGCCCAGGAGCGAAUGCACCACGACAUCGUGCAGCUGCUGGAUGAGUACAACCUGGUCCGGAGUCCACAGGGCCUGGGUGGACCGAUGAUGGGAUCCACCAUGUCCCCCGCCACUUGCCCGACCAGCGGCUCCUGCUCCAGCCUCAAGCUGACCCCCACGGGCAAGAAAGCCAGAAAGCCUAGCACAAAGAGCUUGGCUCCGGGCAAUGCCAAAGACUCCAAGGAGGCAAAAGCCAGACGGCGGAAACGAUCCGUUGGCAAUGGUAAGGAGACCCUUGUGGAGAGUUCAGUGGCUCUGUCGCCAGUCGAAUCACUGGAAUCUCCACACACCUACUUGUCCACCACAUCUCCACCUCUACUUACAUCAUCGGGGGUUCUGCAGCAAUCACCGGCAGCAUCUCUGCACCCUUCUAUUCCAGUGCAGAGCCAACUGGCAAUGUCCUUCUCAAACCUAAAUGAAAUGAAGGGUAUGAACGUGGGCUCUAACUCGGUCCUGAGCCAGGUCUUCCCCUCCAUGUCACACCCUUCCAUCGCUGGGCAAAGCUCCAACCUGGGACUGUCUUUGGGCCGGGUCGGACACAUGAACAUGCAGCAAGAUUGGAUGAAUCAAAUGGGAAUCACCACCUCCCAGUACAACCCAUUACUGGGUAUCCUGCACCAAGUCUCUAAUUCAUACCCCAACAUCCAACAACAGAAUGGGGUGCUGCAGCCGAACAUGCCUUCAAUGCACAUGACCAUGGUGAGGGAGCAGCUGCCACAGUUACUGGCUUACCAGUCUAUGAAUAAUAGCACGUCACAGCCAGCAAUGCCACAGAACUCUCAAAUAACACAGCCACAGGGGCAACCUUACUGCAGCUCGAUGACGCCAGCGCCUGUUGGCAACAUGCACCAGAUGUCUGAGAUCAUCCGGCUGCCGAAUGGCCAAAUGAACAACUCCAUGCUAUCCACAAACCAAGAGGGUCAGGCAUCACAGACCACCCUGCCGGCUUAUCACAAGCUGCCGAGUUCAGUGCAGAUCGACAAGUACCCCACCCCUCCAUCUCAGCACAGCUACGUCUCGGCGACAGAUAAUACCCCGAACCACAACAUCCACCUCCAGAGCGAGCACCCGUACCUGACGCCCUCCCCCGAGUCCCCCGAUCAGUGGUCCAGCUCCUCUCCGCAUUCCACGUCUGACUGGUCCGACAUCACACCCAGCCCAGCCCCCAUCGGGCAGCGGCCACAGGUCUCGCACGUGCCUGAGCAGCAAAGGAGCAACAUGCAGGUGUUUGCCUGAGCACAUAGUGGACCAAGCUGAGGAGAAAAGACUAUCUGACUGCCUGAAAUGAAGGAAGAAGAAUUCCUUGAACUUCUGCCUGGGAGAUUUCCCUUCACUGUUGUGGGGAGCAGAGGACAGAAGUGGAGAAACUGUCCCUAUUGAGUCUAAGAUCAGCUCCCUUGGACUUGAGAGACCUGACAUCGUAUUGUUGUGCUUUUGGGGGUUUUAUUUAUUUUAAUCACUGUCACUGCCUGUUUGCAUGUCUGUGUGGCUCAAGUUUUUUUUUAAAAAGUUCCCUUUCAGCAGCAUGGCCCAGUGAAGGCGAACUUGGCACACAUCAUCGCCAGUGUCACCCUUCUCCAAUGUAGGGGGCACACCAAGCUGAAGUUGGUGCUUGUGUUGCACAGCCAAUUGUGACGCCAGUAUCACAUGGCGGGUCUUGAUAACGCAACUCAGAAAUCCCGUCGUUGAAGGAAAUGCAACCUUGCCGCAGUUUUUGUUUUGUUUUCGGGGCUGGGGGUGGGAAGGGAGAAGGUAGAUGCUGUAAUCCAGUAGUUCAGACUCCCCUCCAUUGCUAGUUGCUGCUUGUUCGUGGCACUUGUAUUUCUGAAUAUAGUGCCUUCACGUAAAUUUGUACCAAUGCCUUCUUUAGCCAGCAACAACAUAGCAAAGGGGUGGACAAGUGGGAUAGCUGAGCAUUGUUAUCUGUUUUUAUAUUAAUUUUUAAAAUCAGAUAGGCAUAAAUUUUUUAAUCAUUCCUUUGUCAUGCAAGUCUUCUGAAGUAUAACAUUUCCAGUGAAUCCAUUACUUGGAUUCACCAACAGAUUCUUGGCUUCAUUUGAAGAAGCAAACUUAAAACUUGAUGUCUUCUCUAAUAUCUGCUAGGUUUUGAUCACAGGAACAGUUCCUCAGAAAAUAUAUAUUAUUUAAGAGAACUCCACCCAUGAAUUUGUCUUCAGCUGCCCUUGAUUAUGCAGCAAUUUGUAAACAAGAAUGUAAUGAUGAGGACUCAUGGUGAAAUAAGCUUUUUAGAAUAUAUUGGGCACCCUUGUGUAGUGGGUUGGUGUAGAAGAUUGUUCCUGAUCUGAGCAUUGUCAUUCUCUAGACAGUCAUCUGCAAGACACGGUGCUUAGCAAGAGUAUGGGAUUCAGAUCUGUCAAUCUUCUACAGUCCAGUGAGAGCCCUACAAAGAGUAGAAUGUCUGGGGCAAUUAAUUCCUUUAAUGUGAAUAUGAUACAAUCUAGAUUCCUGUAUCUCUGUUAAGAUGUUGCAGGGAUUGUUAGAGUGCAUAUACCAGGCUGGAAGCUCAUGUGAAGUGAUAAAUGGUGUAUAACAUUAAGACUUUUUCACUGCUACAAUAAGAAAUUGUCAUGGGCAAUCCACAGUCUAAAAAUCCAUGACUGAGACCUUUAUGGGGACAAUUUUCUCAGUCUACCCACCCACUAUGCAUAAGGAAAUUGUGUGUGUAAUUUGUGAGACUGUUUCCUUGCAGGGUAAUUUCCCCACCUGCUGACAUUGUGUCAUGUUGAUCUCUGGUCAGGUGAGGUGGCACAACUGGCAGUCGGCCUGAUGUUACGCUUGUUCCAAAAGUGCGCAAACCUGCCAAACCUUGGAAUGGUCAGAAGUUUGAGCAAAGCCUCAGGCUGCAGAAGGACAGAGACCUAAACAAAUGUUCUCCUCCACAUUCUGUCCUGAGCUGAGCCUUGGGUGACAUUGACUCCGUUUGGGUAUCCGUCGCCUUUUCUUCCUAAAGCUGUUUGUUGAACAAAUCUUGCCAGCUUCUGGGUCUGAAUUAAUUUCUUUUUAUGUUUGAACCACUUCUAACUUUUUCCUCAAAAAUUUGUACUUUAUACUAAGAUGAAGAAACACAGUGUUAAAUUGAAGGAUCCCACAUUAAGAAGUAAAGUCAUGGGAGUUGAAACAUUUCAGUGCACUUAUGAAACACAAAGAAAAAUCUAAAAGCUGUUAAUUCUACAGAUACUUGGAUUCUUUUUGUGGUAAUUAAGAGAUUUGAGGUAGAAAUCUUGUCUCAUGGGCUUGUUCUACUGCUGCAUAAGAUGUCCAGAGGCUGUCCUUUAUUGUUGCUUAAGUUCCAUCUGCACCCUGGAGUUUCAGAUUUCUUUCAUGACUUAUAUCCGCAUAAUGUAUAUUAUUAAUUUUUGAGAGAAAAAGUUAGGGUUCUGUAUUUUCUGUGAAAUGUGUGUAGAAAAAACCAUUGAAAUUUAGACAAAAAAAGCAUUGAAAGGAAGCAGAGGGUUUCUGUCAGGUAUGUCUCACCCAUUGGUCUGUGAAUUGUUUGUGACGGAUUAUAACUGGAUUAAAGGGUGUGUGCUGUUAAGAGAAUAGUAAAGGUAGGUCUUCAACCUUUGGGACUUGCCUUCCGUAUACAGCAGCUGAAACAGGUCAAGAAAAGACUUGCUGGAUAACGUGAAAGUAAGCACAGUAACUUUCUGGUUCCAUUCGAAAAAUGCUUUAGCACUAAUAGACAUUUCUAUUUUUAGCUUAUUGACCUGAAUUGUACAUUCUCAUGACUGCCAGUCCCUUGUCCUUACCCUCUUCCAUGCUAAGCCCCUCCAACAUAAACAAUUAUACAGUAAUACACAGCUGUUGAUGCAUUGACUAUUUUGGUGCCAACCUAGCCGGAAGUUUGUGAAUCAAAUGGCUAGUGGUUACCCCUACUCCAGCUGCUGGAAAGACCAGUGUUGGAAACCUAACAUAUGACACUAGUUGAAAGCAGGUUGAUCCUGGGGUGUGGUGGGUUUUAUAAUUUGAGAUUUUUAAUUUUUUGGCUGAAUAGCACUUUCCAUAAGUGAAUCAUAAGUCUGAAAUCAAUAUCUUUCACUUAGUUUUUGCAAAUAUAACAAAGCCCAUAUCGAGAAAUGAAUCCAGUUUAAUGGAAUUUAUAUUCAAACAGCUGAAUGGUUUGUGAUGCCACACCAAACCAACCUUGUGCAAGUUUUCUUUGAAGUACAACUAUGCCCAAGUAAUUUAUAAUAAAUCUUUAGGCUGUUUAAGGAUCAGUCACACUCUCCAUCCCUCUGAUUAUAUUCUAGUACAGAUGUUUUUACCCCUCAAUGGAAUGUUGCACUUUAAAUCCUUGAGCUAAACACUGAGCUCUUCAAUCUGAACAAUCUUCAGAAGCCUAAUGAGAAAACAACCAAGAAAGAUCCACCUGUUUUACAUUGUCCAAUCCUUUGAAAAUGCCAAUUGAUUAUUAAUCAAUGGAUUCAUAUUAUUUUGAUUUUACAAUUGUCUUCUCAGCCAAUUUUUUUUUUCAGGAUUAGACACAAAAACUCCAAAUUAAUGUAAAGGGAACACACAAAACAGAAGUAUUUUACCAAGUCAUCCUUUUUAUUCUUGUCUGAAUUCAUGUGUUUGCAGUUAUAGUACAUGAUCCAUUUUUUUGUCCAGUGCAUCUCUAACUUGCCUAAAUGCCCCACCCUUCAGCACAAAUGUUCCUUCCCCCUCAAUAAGUGUGAAGUAAAGCUCCAAACCUCUAACUCCUGGCCUUUUCCCAAAGCAAGCUAGAAAUGUAGAUGUCUGGGUGCUAUAGAUGGAUGUACUUCAUACAGACAAUCACAUGACAAAACCUGUGUGUGCAGCCCACACACUCAACUACACUGAAACUACAGAACCAAUGGCCUGUGAAUCACAAGCCUGAUGAAUUAAUGUAAAUAAGCUAACUUUGUAUGACAUUGUAUCUUUUACUGUCUUAAAUGUAUAUGUACUAAAAAAUUUGCUUAUUCAUAUUAGAUGGACUAUUGAAUACAUUGAACUAGUGGAUGGAAUACUAUUUUUUAACUUUUACACUUAAAAGCUUUUCAUGAAAAAGUUUUCAAAUGGAUUUUUACAGAAGUAUUUUUGAAGAUUGUGAUUUAUACAUGAAGUACAAAAUGUAACAUGAUAAAUGUUUAAAAUGGAUAUUCAUCUGUCUUUGUGUGGGAAUUAAUGAGUCCCAUUUGUCUGCAUACAGAAGUACACAUACAAACCAUGGAUUGGUAUUAAAGAACAAACCUGGUUCACUGUC